AUGGGUGUUGGUGUAGACAUGGUCGAAUACGUAGAACCUCUUGAGGCACCUCGAAUCGUGGGACCUGCUGCUUUGCACCUUACACUACCCGACACUGAAAAUACGACCCUUAUGACACGACUGCCACGCCUAGGCGAUGGGUUUGAACAUUUUCGAAAUUGGAUUUUGGAGGUGGGGAAGUCAACUCACGACCUAGAUGGUGAAGCCUGGAUUCGAGCGCAAUGGGAAAGACUAAAUUACCAAGUAGAGGAGGAAGAAAGGGUAUUUUGAUUUGGAAGUUCACUCUUGAUGUACUAGAAAAAUUUUAGCUUCUGGUGAAUUUACUUCUACUAAAAGGACUGAUCAGUAUCACGUCUAUGUAUUAUUAAUGUAGAUGCUCGUGGGUUCGCAUAUUAAACUACAACAUCCCAACAUAGUUGGCAUCGUUGAUUUCAGUGUGAAGAUCCCAGUACAACAUCAAAUCCUCCAGGACCGGAAUCCGGGCAGAACGUAUUCUCUAGAGCAGUUGCAGAGUGACUAUGGGCGGGAGCAUUACAAGGUUCUUGAACGCGAAUUGCGACAGCGAAUCUUUGAUUAUGAUUGGUUCUAUUGUGCUCGUAGUAAUUCUUCCUAGCAAGGGAUUUGAAGAUCAUGUUUUCUUUAUUGCAUUGGAAGUUUUCAGAGCCUGGGGGUGGCCGUCUUACGAGCAUCCAUGUGUCUUCUAACUUGCCCUUUCUGCGAACAAGACUUCGGCUUAUGAGAAACUUGCAGUUCGACAGCGCACCGGAGCAGAACAGGACAUGGCCAGAAUAAAGGAGACUCUACAAAGACUAGCCAAAGAGAAGGCGGACCUCAAUAAGAAGCGAACUGAGAAGGAAGAACAGCUCAAAGUUCUGGCGAAAACUGAUGCGAACUACAAUACACAGCAUAUUAUGGGUGGAGUUGCACCACCAAGCAGCUCAUCUGCAACAUCAGGAGUAGGUCCAUCAGGAGCACCUCCUCCUUCACCGAAAAAACAAGGACCACCUCCAGGGGUGUCGACUGCAGGAAGUUCGGGUGAAGCUGGAAGGGGUAGUCAAUCGCCGAAGAAAGCAGUUUCUGGCGCUCAGAAGACAGCGGCAGGAAAGAAGAGUCCAAAGAAAAAGCCAGGAUGAAUGAGGAGGUUGAGGCAACCCUUAAUCUCUUGAUAGCUUUUCGGUGGCUAUAAUGUGCACUUGGCAUGAUUCCAAAAACUUUUGAUUUUUCUAUUACUUGUUUGUAAGAGUUUACCAAGCAGUGCUGCUUUGAUGUACCAGAAUAGUCGUGGCCACCGACCACAAAACGACCUACCGUUACACUACGAUUACUCACACUCACCUUCCAUCUACGCUUUUGCACCCACUUGCAGAUGAUCGAGAAUGAUUACAGAAAACCGACACAGUGUCAGUGACGAGAGAAAGGGAACACGACGAAAAACCUCUGGAACAUACAAG